UGGAAAGUUUUACAUAAAAUAUAUAUUUUUCAUUAAUAAUUUAUCCAGGCGCAACACAGUCUCAAGAAUCUUAUUUUUCUCUUAUUUUGUUUUAAACAAUAAAUAAUAUUAUAAAACAGAUCUGCUGCUCUCUCAAGACGACACGACGACAACGACGGCGUUGAUCACUUUGUGGGAAAACAAUGACAGUCGUGGGAAAUAUAAACAGCAGAUCAUUUCAAUGGCUUUAUUUUACAUUAUUUGUGUAUAAUUUGAUGCCAUUUACUAUGUGUUCAAUUUCAAUUAAUAAAAUUAUAACCAGAACACCAAGAGAAGGCGAUAUUGGACUAAUUUUUGAUAUAAAUUUAAUUAACACAGCAAAUGAAGAAAAGGAAUUGUUAGAAUAUCACAUACACUCAGAAAAGGAAUGCUGUAUCAAUUUGACUGAGACCACAACUUCUUCUAAUGCUGGAAAAAUUGUUGGUGGUUCUUUUGGAUUAAUUGAACCAGGUGAAAUGAAAACUGUUUCUGUUAUUUGGCCAACAAUUGACAUAUUUAAUCGUGUUGGACAUUGCGAUAUCAUAAUAAGUUCAACCAAUAAUGUCAAAAAUGAAGAAAAACACUUUACCCAACAACUACUAUUUGAUACCAGAUUUCAACAAAUAGAUCCAACAGGAACGACAUUUAAAAGACGUACGGACUAUCAUGAAUGCUCAAAUUGGGAUAUGAAUUUUUUAAACAACUGUACACCUGUUAACUGCGAGUCUAAAUAUUUUGGUAGAAGAAACUUUUAUAACACUACAACAAAGAUGUGUGAACCAGCUGCUAGAUGCGAUGGAGAAAAUCAAGUUUAUGAUAUUUACUCAAAUGAAUGUUUGAAUUUUGAUCAACUUAUGGAUCCGGUUGAAAUUGAAAAUAUAAAAAAGGGGAAUUACAUGCGAAACGACACUUUGGAUUUUUCAAAGACACCUAAUGCAGAAUCCAAGCGCAAUAAUGACGACUUCCUCCCAGGUUUAGAUUUAUAUGACAAUGACGGAAAGAAAACACAUCUAUUGAUAGAAGUUAUAAGUGGAUUUUCUUUAGUGAUUGCAACAAUUAUUAUCUACUCUUCAGCUUGUUUCUGCAUAUUUCUUACCGUCAAUUGGUUAUCAAAAAUAUCAGCCAGCAGAUCUUCGCAAGGGAAACUAUGAAAAUCCCACUUCCCUAAUAAUCCUGAGCAUAAUAAUAAUUAAUUAAAGAGGUUUAAAUAAAUUUAAUUAAUAGUUUGUAUCCAAAAUAAGAUGUAUUAUAAUUUAUACUUACAUCUGUGUAUAGGUACCUAAUGAGAAAGGCUUUAGUUAUAGUUUAUUGUACAACUCAACGCCCGCAAACAUUGUUGUUAAAUAAAUGAACAAAAAUGCACUAAAAUCAGA